UAUUUUUAUCAGUUUGGAGAAAUUAGGUCCAUAACUAUGUUGGCAAGACAACAAUGUGCUUUUAUACAGUUUACUACAAGAACUGCUGCUGAAUUAGCUGCUGAAAAAGCAUUUAAUAAACUUAUUUUAUGUGGUAGGAGAUUGACAAUUAAAUGGGGUAGGUCUCAAGCAAAAUCUUCUGUACCCACUACUAAAGAAGGAGAAGGGAAGAAAUUGGAACCAGUUCCAGGACUUCCAGGAGCUUUACCUCCACCACCUGAUGAAUUAACAAACAAUUAUUUCAAUCUUGCACCAACUGCACAAAAUUUACCACCGCCACCUAUUCCGCAUCCAGCAAUGAUGCCCCAUCCUCCUCCAAUGGGAAUGAGAUUUCCAACACCUCCAUUUAUGGGACCACCAGGUGUUCCUCCACCUGGACCACCACCACCCAAUCCACCACAAGUUCUUAGACCUCCAGGAGGAUUUCCACCACCACCAAUGCCAGCACCUCCUGUGACUCCUGCAAAUCGUUCAGGAAUUCCAAUCCAUUAUCCAUCACAAGAUCCACAACGAAUGGGAUCAACGGGUAUAGGUGCAACGUAAUUACAAUGCCAAAUAUUUUUUUUUUAUGAUUCAUGACAUAAUGCUCUGUAAGAAUAAAAAGUGCAAAGUUAUUCAUAGUGGAUUUUAUGAGACUUUUUGAUUUGAAAAAUCAUCUAUGUAUUCAUAUGAAAGUAUUAUAAAGUAAAAUAUAUAUAUAUAUACACCAUCA